CAUAGAUUCCCCCCGCUCUCUCUCAUGGACAAAUCACUAUUCCUCGUCCACGUCAAGCUCCUAGCCUUCGACCUCCUCUCCCUGGCCCAAUCCCCGACCAACCCCCCGACCUUCUCCCUCGACCACCGCUUCUCCAUCUCGCGUGCCGAGGCCCUCGGCGUCGUCGUCUCCCGCGAGCACAAGCCCGGCCGCUUCCUCAAGUUCGCCGUCGACGACGGCACCGGCUGCGUCCCCUGCGUCCUCUGGCUCAACCACGCCACCUCUCCCUACUUCGCCCGCCAGCGCCCGCAAGGCGUUCGACAGAUUGCCGAAGUGGCGAAUGGCCAGGCUUCGCUGGUGAAGCUGGGCUCGGUCGCUCGAGUGCGCGGCAGGAUCACGAGCUACCGGGGCGAGGUGCAGAUCACGGUGUCGAGAGUCGUGGUCGAGAGGGACCCGAACGCGGAGGUCCUGCAUUGGUUGGACUGCUUGAAGCUGGCUCGAAGGGUCUACGGUAAGCCCACGACCAUGAGAAACACAUUGCACGGUCUGUGCCCCAUGGACAAGAUGACAUAGAAUGCCCGCAAUGUCGAUUUGAUUUGGACAGGUUUCCUCCAUCUCGCAAAGUGCUCUGAUCGGCGCUCCCAAUUUAUUUGCACAGCCUUUGAUUGCAAAUGCCAGUGAUUGAGAUAGAUCGAGACCCUUAUGAAUCCGCUAUUCAAUUCCAUUAUGUGUCAACUAGAUUUCACUGCACUAGCUGUCGAACAGUAACAUGUAAUGAUCAUGCAUUUGUUACAAAACGUAAGAGGUCAUGUCAAGUCGUGAAAACCGCCCGAUCCUAGGGACUAUUCGGUGAAUUUGUACUUCCGAUGUUUGAUUCUACUAUCUUGAAGUUCAACCUUGCUCCCCGACAUAUUCCAGGCACCACUCUUCUCGUCCUGGGUUCCUCACGACAAUCAAGCGCGACUUGCAGUCUGAAGGCACCAGCACGCUGUAGUGGUCCGUGAAUUUGCCAUCGUAGUUAUAGUUGUUGUCCGCUUUACGUGCCACUAC